GGAGGAGCAUCCACACACACACACAACAACACACAACACACACACGCACACAACUCCCCCGCAGCCAGGCCGGAGGAAGCCCGCCCGGAGCCAGAUGUGAUCGGCAAGGCGGGCUGGCACCUGGGAGGGGGCCCUGCCCUUCCUCCUCUUCCUCCUCCUCCUCCUCCUCGUCGUCGUCGUCGUCGUUCCCCCCCCGACCCCUCCCCGGUCCCCGGGGGGCUCCGCCGCCCACCCAUGGGAGGCAGCUGGGCCGGGAGAGCGCUCCGCCGCCGCCGCCACCAUGGGCAACAAGCAGACCAUCUUCACCGACGAGCAGCUGGACAACUACCAGGACUGUUCUUUCUUCACUCGGAAAGAAAUCCUUCGGUUGCACGAGCGGUACUACGAGCUGGCACCGAACCUGGUGCCGAUGGACUAUAGGAAGAACCCCAUCGUCACGGUCCCUAUGCAGCUUAUAAUAAACAUGCCAGAAUUGAAGGAGAACCCAUUCAAGGAGAGAAUCGUAGAGUCUUUCUCUGAAGAUGGAGAAGGAAACCUCACCUUUAAUGACUUCGUGGACAUGUUCUCAGUGCUCUGCGAAACAGCCCCCAGGGAACUGAAAGCGAGUUACGCCUUUAAGAUCUACGAUUUUAACACCGACAACUUCAUCUGCAAGUCCGACCUGGAGAACACCCUGAGCCGGCUGACCAAGUCCGAGCUGGACGAGGAGGAGGUGGUGCUGGUGUGUGAGAAGGUGAUCGAAGAGGCUGAUCUGGAUGGAGACGGGAAACUCAAUUACGCGGAUUUUGAAGAUAUGAUUUCCAAAGCUCCCGACUUUCUCAGCACUUUCCACAUCAGAAUCUGACAUCCAUCCCCGGCUAUUCCAGCUAGCGGAGAGUCGGGCUCAGCCCUGCCCGCCUGCAUUUCGGGCCCUUACGGGGCUGAAGGGCUCCCCGCUUCAGGCAGCACGGACUGGGUGUGUCCCCUACAAUCUCAUCCAGACAAGCUGACCCCAGGCCUGCAGCAACUUCGGAUCCCUCGGGAUUUCUUUCCAACGUGGCUCCCUGGGACCUUAUGGAUAAGAAGGGAAUUGGGGGGGGGGGGGUGUUCCCUUUGACUUGCAGAAGACAGGCAUGUUUCCUGUUCUUUUUAAAUCUAGGAAAACUGAAUGUAGUCCUUUCAGCAAAAAAAAACCAACUCAAAACGAACUCAAAAAAACACAGCCUGGAAGAAGCUGAACUCGGCUGAAUCUUGGAGCAAAAGCACAGGACUUAAGAGGGGAAGAUUUGAGAGGCCGGUCUCUGACGAUGACUCUGUCCUCACCGUGUUGUCUAGGUGUGAGUGUGUGUCUCUCUCUCUCAUGCACACACACACUCACUCACCCCUUGGAGUCCCCGAGGGCACCCGGGCCUCAGCCAGGCUGAGUUCGUUGGGGUUGGUUCGUCGGUGUCCUUGCGGCUCCCGACGUGUUUGCCUUCCCGCCGACUCGUGCGUGUCCAGCUCGGCCCUCUCGGUUCCAGACUUGAAACCGGGUCUCCGCGUCUGGCUGUCUCCAAGGGAAUUCCCGGCCCGGCUCAGACCUCCCCACCCGAGAAGGUUGGACUUGAGAAACUGAAGAAGAAAAACGACUGUGGAAGGUGACCAGUUUUAGGUCACCCAUGAGAAUCCCAAGAAGCACAGCAUCAGGAUCAAGGGCAAAAAAGAAAAAGACAUUGUUUUUAACCAGCUAUGCAAUUUUUCUCAUAAAAUGCAUGAAUGUAUCUCUGUACAUCUCCCUUCCCUAAAAACGGGACAGAACUGCCACUGCCCACGCAGUCCCGAGUCAGUCCAGGAUCAUGCAGACAGACACACUUUUAUAACUGUCGCCAGAAGGGCUGUCGUCCCCGUUGCUUCUGUAUCAUUACCCCUCUCCCCCCUUCCUCCUUGGAUUAAAUGUUUCGACUGAUUGGA